AUGUAAUUUUAUAAUAAACUAAAACACAAAUUUUAGCAAUAAAAGAAGGAAACUUCUCUAACACCUCCAAAAGAUGAAUUAAGACUUUGUUAGCAUAAACCUCCUUUGGUUGAUUCAAGAUCCUAAUGGAAUACAAAUGUUUAUUUGGUUCCAAAAUGGGAAAAGAAAGAAAUUAAGAGAGUUGAUUCAUUACUUCACACUCCAUUUCCUAUAAGAAAUUAUAUUAAUUAUAUUUAGUAACACAAUGGUGGAUUCAAAGAUGAAUUAAAUUUGGAUUUUUUUAAGCAUAUUUUUAGACAUUUUGCUAUAAAUUAAUGGUGGAUAGAGGAAGCACGUAAAUUAAAACAAACAAUUCCGAUAAAUAUCUUAUAGAGUCCAGAAGUAGUUAGACAAAAUCCUGAAUAUUGUAGAUUGAUGAUGUAAAAGUAAAAGGAUGAUCUAAAGUUUUAUUAAGAAAUUCUUAGAAAUGUGAAAUCUCCUAGUCUACCUUUUCCAUCUAGAUAAAUUCCUGAAUACAGAAAAUCUAUAACAUAUUAAAUAUUAGAUUUACAUGGUGGAUAAGAACAUAAAGAUAAAUCCUUAUUUCAGUUAUAGGAUGUUUUUGUUAACAGAAUUAUAUAGUUGAUUUCUGAUUAAGGAAUUUAAAGUUUAGGAUAUUAUGAUUAUGUGACAUUCAAGAAUAUAGUAUAAGAUAGAAUAAAAGGCACAGGAGAUGCUGAAAACUUUGUAAAAAUUUUAGAAAUUAAAAGACUUUUUAACUCUGUUGAUCAGAUUUAAAAAGAAUUUGAAAAAACAGUAAAUGAAUGGCAAAGAGAACAAACAUAAGCAUCUAAUAAUACUAAAACUAAAUUUAGAAGGUGGUAAUAAGAGAAGACAUUGUUUUCUGAAGAAAUUCUAUAGUUAGCAACUAAUGUGGGAUUAGAUUCAAAUUUAGUGAAAGCAAGAAAAAAUUUUGAAAGAAACUAAACUGAAUAAUAAUUCAAAGAGCUUAUAAAGGUUGGAGAUUAAAUUUAAUUAAAUACUCAUAAAACAAUACUUGAUACUUUAUCUAAGAUUGCUUAAGAAGAAUUAAACAAUAUAUCUAACAAUAAUUCCAUUUUUCAUGAAGAUGCUUUAUAACUUGCUAGAGUUUAGUAUGAAGAACAGAAAGAUUUAAUAAACAAGGAAAAUUCCUUAGAGGAUUCUUUUCCUUAAUAAUAUGAAGUUCCUAGUAGUAAGGAAUGUAGUGAUAUAUUUUAAAANUUAUAAUAAACUAAAACACAAAUUUUAGCAAUAAAAGAAGGAAACUUCUCUAACACCUCCAAAAGAUGAAUUAAGACUUUGUUAGCAUAAACCUCCUUUGGUUGAUUCAAGAUCCUAAUGGAAUACAAAUGUUUAUUUGGUUCCAAAAUGGGAAAAGAAAGAAAUUAAGAGAGUUGAUUCAUUACUUCACACUCCAUUUCCUAUAAGAAAUUAUAUUAAUUAUAUUUAGUAACACAAUGGUGGAUUCAAAGAUGAAUUAAAUUUGGAUUUUUUUAAGCAUAUUUUUAGACAUUUUGCUAUAAAUUAAUGGUGGAUAGAGGAAGCACGUAAAUUAAAACAAACAAUUCCGAUAAAUAUCUUAUAGAGUCCAGAAGUAGUUAGACAAAAUCCUGAAUAUUGUAGAUUGAUGAUGUAAAAGUAAAAGGAUGAUCUAAAGUUUUAUUAAGAAAUUCUUAGAAAUGUGAAAUCUCCUAGUCUACCUUUUCCAUCUAGAUAAAUUCCUGAAUACAGAAAAUCUAUAACAUAUUAAAUAUUAGAUUUACAUGGUGGAUAAGAACAUAAAGAUAAAUCCUUAUUUCAGUUAUAGGAUGUUUUUGUUAACAGAAUUAUAUAGUUGAUUUCUGAUUAAGGAAUUUAAAGUUUAGGAUAUUAUGAUUAUGUGACAUUCAAGAAUAUAGUAUAAGAUAGAAUAAAAGGCACAGGAGAUGCUGAAAACUUUGUAAAAAUUUUAGAAAUUAAAAGACUUUUUAACUCUGUUGAUCAGAUUUAAAAAGAAUUUGAAAAAACAGUAAAUGAAUGGCAAAGAGAACAAACAUAAGCAUCUAAUAAUACUAAAACUAAAUUUAGAAGGUGGUAAUAAGAGAAGACAUUGUUUUCUGAAGAAAUUCUAUAGUUAGCAACUAAUGUGGGAUUAGAUUCAAAUUUAGUGAAAGCAAGAAAAAAUUUUGAAAGAAACUAAACUGAAUAAUAAUUCAAAGAGCUUAUAAAGGUUGGAGAUUAAAUUUAAUUAAAUACUCAUAAAACAAUACUUGAUACUUUAUCUAAGAUUGCUUAAGAAGAAUUAAACAAUAUAUCUAACAAUAAUUCCAUUUUUCAUGAAGAUGCUUUAUAACUUGCUAGAGUUUAGUAUGAAGAACAGAAAGAUUUAAUAAACAAGGAAAAUUCCUUAGAGGAUUCUUUUCCUUAAUAAUAUGAAGUUCCUAGUAGUAAGGAAUGUAGUGAUAUAUUUUAAAAUAUAGUAGGGUAAAAGGAGUUUUUUUAAAAUAGUGAUUAAUCGAAAUAAUAGAAAUAACAAGAUUAAAAAUAAAAAUUACAUUCAAAUUAAUAGCAGAAACCCUUUCUGUAGUAUUCUAAAUAACAAUAAUAUUAGGCUUAGUCAAAACCAGCCAAUAGUACUUCACCAUAAAAAAGAAUACGUUUGAUUUCAGAGAAUAAUAGUAGAUCUUAUAAUACUAGUAGUAACUAAAAUAAUACACAUCGAAACUUAAUUUAAUCUUAAGGAUAAGAAAGAAUGUUAUAAUCAUAGUGGUCAUAGCAAUCAUUAAAUUCUAUUGAAGACAUUAUAAAGCCUACUUAUGAAAAUGAUUAUAAAGUUUUUGAUAAGAAUGAUAAAGAUAAAGAAAAAAAUAGUAUGCAAUUUUAUUAAAAAAUUGAUUAUAAAGAUUCAAAGUAAUUUGAAAAUGUUUAUAAAGAAAAAAUUGAUGAUAGUCGUAAUUCAAACUUUAUAAGGUAACAUUAAUAUAAUGAAUAAUAAGACCUAAAUAUAGGGAAUAAUAAUACAAGCGUUAGCUUGAUUAAUAAAAAUACUAAUAGUAGUAUUAAUGAUGAUAUUAAACUUUUGAAUGAAUUUGUACAAUAAAAUAGAAUUUCAUAACAAAAAUUCAAGGAUAAAAUUUUUAGUUAUGAGAAAGAAAAAGAUGAAUUGAGAUAAUUAUAAGAGGAACUUGAAAAUAUUUCAAGAGAUGAUAAUAUGAGUAAUUUGAAAAAAAAUACACUAGAAACAUUAGAUAAAGAGAAGAGCUUAGGUUAGAGUAGAACAUUGUCUUCUAAGGAAAACAAAAAACAUAAAGAACCUAUUCAAAAUUAAGUAAAAUUAGAUUAUGGAUAUAAUGUUCCUUCAACAAUACCAGGAUCAGUAUCAAAUAAUACAACAGCUAGAACUUCAAGAAAUACUAGCAAUUAUAAUUCGAAAUAAAAUAAAAGAUCAAAAAUAAAUAGUAUUGAAGAAGCUAUCGAUGAAUAAAGAAUUUAGUAAUAAUAAAUAUUUAUUGAAAAUGAAAAUGUCAAAAAAAACUCCCCUGAUAAAUAUUCAAGACAAGCAUCUAGCAAUAAUAUUUAAAAAUCUGAUGAAUAAGGGGGAGAUGGAAAAUAAUAAAUAAGGAAUAGUAGACAUUCAAGAUAAGAUAAAUCUUAAGUUCGAGAAACAAAUCUUCAAAUUAAUUAAAUGAAAAGAGUUAAUUAGUUACAAGAUACAAAAUAAGACGAAAUUAAUAAUAAUUAAAUUACCUAAUAAUCAAAUGAACUUUCUCCAUAAAAAUCUAAAAGAAGUACAAAAAGUCCAGAGAAAACUAAACAAUUUUAGAAAUCAGUUACCAAAAUUAUUGAUUCCAAUAAAUAAAUAAAAAAAGAAUAAUAAAAAUUAGAAAUUAUUAAUAAACCAUUUGAAAAUCAAUUAUAAACAUAAUAAGAUGUUCGGAAAAGUAGACAUAAAACAGGAAAUAGAGAAACAGUUAAUGAAUCUUCAGAGGAAGAACUAGAAUAUGAGGAGGAAGAAAAAAGAAAUAAUAAUAAAUUUAAAAGAUAGAAUACUACAAGAAAAGUAUAAUUUCAUUCAGUUUCUAUGCCAAAAAUAGGAAGAGAUGAUGAUCCUAGAAGAUACUUAUUGAUGUUAAAAGAUGAGUUAAAGGAAAUGAUUGAUAAAAGAGUGAGCUUAAGGGAAAUAAAAGAUCAUAUUAAUUUAAUUUUUAGUGAAACAGCUGGAAUAAAGCUUGAUCCAGAAUUGGAAUAUUAUUUAUAGUUAUGUAAUUAUUUAGAGGAAUAUUUAAAGAUAAAUAAAGAGUUUUGGAAUUGACUUAAGUGAAUCAUCAUUCUAGAGAAAUUCAUUUUUCAUCAUUUUAACCAAAAAUGGAUUUAAAAAUGAAUAGUGAAAUAAAAGGAUUGAAAUUUGGACGAAAUUGUGACAGAAUUCCAAAAUUGUAACCAAAAGAUUUAGAAGACACUUUUGUUUUAUAAUAGUAAUUAAAAUAAUAAUAUAAUAUGUUAGAUAAAUUUAAAAGGAAUCAGGCGUUAUUGAUUUAGAAUCUUAAAUAUAAUCAUAUUAACCAGUAUUUCGUUAUGAUUAAAGGCCUUAACCAUUAAAAUCAGAUAUUGUAUAGGUUUCGUUACUUGUUUCAAGAAAGAAAACACCAAAUACAUAUCGUUAAGAUAGAGCUGGAUCAUUGAUUGAUAUUGAUUUAGCAAUUGUAAGUUAAAGAAAGAGCACAAUGUAAAAUAAUAAAAAGAAAAAAAAGACUCGAUAUAUUGGUUAAACUUCUAUAAAGAGAGAUAAAUUGAAUGAAGAUUAUCCUUUUCUUUAUAAAUACAAGCCAUAACUAUUGAAGAGUAUAUUGGAAGCGCGUAUUAGUCUUGAAUAAUUGGUUUGA